CCCCGACGGCCUAUCGAAACGCCGUCACUCUCGAUCGUCGUCACUCUUUCGUCGUCAAAUCCCCCCCUCCCCUAUCGAGCCUGGAAAACCAUCGUGGUGCUCGUUUGCUUCAAGAUCGCCGCUACCAUCCGGAUGGAAAUAGCCAGGCUCGAGGUGUAAAUUCACGAGGUUGUGGGAACGGGUUGACGGGAAGCGACGGCAGACAGCGAGCGAGCGAGCGGAGGAAGCGUCGAGGGCGUCGGUAGCGUCGGUGAAAUCCACCGGCGUGGAUCGCAGCUGGUCGAACUACGAACACUCAGAAUGGGCCGGUGGCCGCGGCGGUCCGUUUCGAGAUGCUGAAGGAAGUCGGGUGCGGGAGCAGCACGCCCCCGCCAGGGGAUGGCGCCGUCAGCAACCGGCAGCUCGGAGGCGGCGAGAACAACAACACCGACGGGGUCCUCGGUUGCGGGGGUUGCGGCAGGGAGAUAGCCGAGCGAUGGUACCUAAGGGCUGCGGACCGCGCGUGGCACUGCGGCUGUCUUCGUUGCUGCCACUGCCGCGUGCCCCUCGCCGCCGAGUUGACGUGCUUCGCCAGGGACGGCAACAUCUACUGCAAAGAGGAUUAUUAUAGGUUGUUUGCCGGAAGAUGUUCCCGAUGCCGAGCGGGAAUCUCCGCCACGGAGCUGGUGAUGCGCGCCAGGGAUCUGGUGUACCACGUGGCCUGCUUCACAUGCGCCUCAUGCGGCACCCCGCUGAACAAGGGCGAUCAUUUCGGGCAGAGGGACGGCCUGGUCUACUGUAGACCCCACUACGAGUUGCUGUGCUGCGCUGGGGAUUACGGGGGCGCAGCAACGAGUAUCGAGGACAUCGGUUCGCCGGGGGUGUCGCCGCUUCCGGCUUAUUACAGCGCCGCCGAGCAGAGCCCCAUCACCUCGUCCGGCGCCGUGCAGAAGGGCCGGCCCAGGAAGCGCAAGCUGUCCGAAGUCACCGGCUCCGACCUACCUGUCACCAUGAGGCUGGCAGCUGGCGCUCUCGAACUUCUCCACCCGACCGAACUGUCCUCGUCCAUGGAAUCAUUGGCGGCGUACGAAGCGUCUGUCGGCUCACCGGGGCCCGUGCACCAGAGCCAACGAACCAAGCGGAUGAGAACGAGCUUCAAGCACCAUCAGUUGCGGACGAUGAAGAAUUAUUUUGCUAUAAAUCAGAAUCCGGACGCGAAGGACCUCAAGCAACUGGCGCAGAAGACGGGGCUUUCGAAGAGGGUGCUUCAGGUCUGGUUCCAAAACGCCCGCGCGAAAUGGCGGCGGAACAUGAUGAGGCAGGAGGGCAACACGACGACGAGCAACGUGGGGUGUCCAGGCACACCGGUGCCCUCGAACACGGCCGGCUCGCCGAACGUAGGACCGGCAGCCAGCAUCCUGGGGGACAGCAACAGCAUGCCGUCGACCUCGAUGGAGGAGCUCCACGCUCUUCAUCACCUACAUUCCGGCGUUUCCUCUCAGGUCUCCUUCUCCGAUCUUUACUGACGACGGCUUGAGAUGGAGGAAGACAGCUACAGCAGCCUUUCCAGCCAUCUUGGAUGAAGGAUCUUCGCUCUUUCUUCACCCUUUCCUCCACGAUUUUUUUCUUUUUUUCUCUUUUUUUUUUCUCUCUCUUUUCGAAGCGUCCACUUUCAGGGAGCUUCUUCUUCUUCUUCUUCUUCUUUCUCCUCUCCUGGAUCGAUUCCAGAAGGGAACGGACCACGUUUUUCCCCCUCACGUUAACUCGCGAGGAAGGACAAGUUUCUAUUUACGAUUUAUCGAAUAUUCCUCCUCCGAGAUGGCGCUGAGACUCGAAAUCCAGGCGAAGGGGACUCGUUAUUUUUUAGUAGAGAGAGAGAGACCUCAUUCUGACCAAUUUCUUGGCGAGCAACCAUGAUCC